AGAGUAACUGCAAAAUGUUUAAGAAGAACAACAGCAAUGGUUGAAAGGUCACAUGGGUUGUCAAUAAAAUAACCAAGAGAAAGGGGUAUUUUAAUUCUAGUGUUAAGCUGUAUAGAUAAGAUAACCCAUAUCAGCACAAGUCUUAGCGAUUGCUUUAUUUAUGGUUGAGCGCAUUUGAAUAUUUCACUUUAGGGUGACUGUGACUUGGCAUACAUUUACAUGUUCAGCUGCAUAACCAGCUUUCUCAGUAGCUGGGUAGCUUUUAACAGGUGAGUAGCAAAUGGACCAUUGUGUGGGGCUUUUUGCAUAAACAACUUAUAUUGAGAGAAUACAAAAAGAAUGGCGACUGACGACAAGGUACCGAAGACUUCCGGGUUACAAGUGCCUACGAAUUUGGAUACAGCAACCACAAAAAUGCUAGCAUCGGGAAAUGUAGCAGACGACAGUCGCGUUCCAGAAGUUGAAUAUAAUUUCAGCAAAGGUCGACAUCUAAAGAACGUCUUGGUCUCGAGUCUGGCCUUCACGCUAGUUUUCACAGCAUUCAGUGGUUUAGAAUCAUUACAAAGCAGUAUAAAUAAAGACCAAGGUCUUGGAGUCUACGGCCUUGUGUUCAUCUACUCCACCAUGAUCAUCUCUUGUCUUUUCCUGGCACCCCCUGUCAUCUCCCUCCUCGGAUGUAAAUGGACCAUAACGGCUGCCAUGGCAACAUACACGACGUAUACCCUAGCCAACUUUUACGCAGUGUGGGGUACCAUGGCGCCUGCCUCUGUCAUAUUAGGACUGGGAGGGACACUGCUCUGGUCGGCAAACUCCAUGUACAUCACCGAAACAGCCACACAAUACGCCCAAAUAACCGGGAAGAAUAAAGACGUCUUACUCCCCGGCUUCUUUGGUAUUUUCUUUGGAAUCGUACACACAUGUAGAGUUUGGGGUAAUCUUAUUUCAUCUUUGGUAUUAAGCCAAAGGCCUCAAAACGAAACUGAAAUUUCUGAUGAAGUUUUUAGCAGAUGUGGCGCCACCUAUUGCACGGGAGACGAAAAUCUUGGAAAUGUUACGAAUUCAGGAUUGGAUAAACCAUCGGAAGAGAAGCUCCAGAUAUUGUGCGGCACAUACCUUGCCUGUGGCUUGAUGGCCGUUGGAGCGGUCGCCAUUUUCCUAGAUGAUAUACAUCGCCACAAAUCUGCAAAAUCCCAGCCGAAGAAGAGAUUCUCUAGUGCCCUUUUUGUUGCAACUUUCAAGCACAUGCGGAAACCCAAGCAGUUGCUACUGAUACCGAUAACCGUUUACUGUUCCAUGCAAAUGGGGUUUUUCUCCAGCGAUUUCACAAAGGCAUUCGUGAGCUGCACUUAUGGAAUCUGGAACGUGGGGUACGUCAUGAUGACGUAUGGUGUGACCAGCUCUCUUAACUCAAUUGUGAUUGGACGACUGGCGAAACGGGUGAGGCGGCCUUUUUUCUUCACAAUAGCAAUGCUUUUGCAUUAUGGGUUGCUUUUCACAUUUCUGUUCUGGCAACCCACACCGGAUGGAUUGCUGAUUCUUUAUGUUUUGGCGGGACUAUGGGGUGCCGCUGAUGCCGUCUGGACAACAGAGAUAAACGUAUUAUACGGAGUUCUUUUCCAUGACAGUCAAGAAGCGGCCUUCUCAUGUUAUAGACUCUGGCAUGCAUUCGGAUUCAUUUUGGCUUAUGUCUUCAGCGUCCAGUUGUGUGUGUUUAUGAAAUUAUAUAUCUUGAUGGGGACCCUGGCGUUGUCCAUGUUGGGCUAUUUGACAGUGGAAUUGAUGCAAAGAAAAUGCCAAGAAAAUACUUUGGAAACGCGCAAAACUGUUGAAGCUGCUAUAGACAUGCUUGGCUCUAAUCUAACACUUUAGAUAGUUCAACACGGCGUUUAAUCCGACUUCCUUUCUUUUUGGACAUGAAGUAUAUGUGGUCAUAGUAGAAACUUUUAUGGGUUUAUUGCAAAAAAAAAAA